CUCCCGCGCCAUCUCUCCCUCCCUAUUUCUUCCCCCCUUCCCCCCAUAGCUUUCUUCACCACCACAAUCAAUGCAGGAGCACCAACGGCACCCCGCCACCCCGAUCUCCGACGCCGCCUUCCUCAUCAAGCGCGGCAAGAAGCGGGGGAGCUACAACUGCGGCCGCUGCGGCCUCCCCAAAAAAGGCCACAACUGCCCCUUCGGCGCCGAAUCCGAUGAUGCCUCCACUCCAGCUCCCGCCUCCGUGGCUCCGGAGACGCCUCCGAUGCGGAUGAGAGCUCUCUCAUCCGAUGAUGUUAAAUUUGCGGCGGAGUUAGUGGAUGAUUUGGAGGAGGACGGGGAGGAUCGGGAGGAGAUUGAUGAGUAUCCGGAUCUGGAUCUGGACGGGUCGGGCGGGCUUCCUGCGAGCUGUUUGUGGGAGGUUUUGAGGAGAUUGCCUCCCGUGGGGAUGCUGUCGGCGGCGCGAGUGUGUAGGGGGUGGAGAGAGACGACAAGGAGGCUUUGGCGGGCGGCGGAGGAGCUCCGGAUUAGGGUCCCGGCGAAGGCGCAGAUUGGAUUUGUUGGAUCCGUGUUGCAGAAAUGCCCUGGACUGUUGAAACUAUCAAUUGCAAUUGAAAGUGAUGUUGAUGCAACGAUGGUGGCCUGCAUUGCGUUUUCGUGCCCUAAUUUGCAGUCUUUGGAGAUCUCGACGUCUGAUUCCUGCAUCAACCGGAUCUCUGGGGAUGAUUUGGCUCGUUUCAUAUCUGACAAGAAGUGUCUAACCAGUCUCAAGAUGGAAGGCUGCUCAAACCUGGGUGGUUUUGUUUUCUCUUCAACCAGUCUGUCUAGCCUCUGUCUCUCUGAUCUUCAUUCACUCUCAAAGAUGGUUUUUAACUGCCCCAGUUUGAAAGAGCUUUCUUUGGAAUUUUCGCACCUAGAGUCCGACACCACUGAUCUCACCUCUGUUAUGGAUGGUCUUGGAAGAAGCUGCCCGAAGCUUCAGAACAUCCACAUUGCUUCUGCUUUGCUUUCACACAAUGCCAUUCUGGCUCUAUCAUCUGCCAAUUUGAGGGGACUGCGGAUGCUUUCUCUUGUUCUUGGAUCGGGAAUAACUGAUGCAUCGGUAGCAGCUAUUGCUUCGAGUUUCACAAAGUUGGAAUUGAUUGAUCUUAGUGGGUCUAGCAUCAGUGACAGUGGUCUCGGGAUGAUCUGCAAUGUCUUCCCUGAAACAUUAUCAAAGUUACUUCUUGCUCUUUGCCCCAAUAUCACUUCGAGUGGCAUUCAAUUUGCUGCAGCUCAGCUCCCUUGUCUGGAACUUAUGGACUGUGGAAUGACCAUAUGUGAUCCGGAUUGUGAAAAAUCCACUGAUGAAGAGGAUGAUGACACCGAGUUGCAGAAAACACCCAAUAGCAAAAUGCACCUAACAUACCAAAAGUUAAUAAUCAAGCAUAACCGGUUGAAGAAACUAAGCUUAUGGGGCUGUUCUGGUUUGGAUGCAUUGUAUCUAAAUUGCCCUAAUCUCUAUGAACUGAACCUCAACUCUUGCAGAAACUUGCAUCCAGAGAGGCUGCUCCUUCAAUGCACUAAUCUAAAUAGUGUGUAUGCAAUGGAUUGUGAAAACAUGCUUAUCAAAACCAUUGAGACUCAGGUCGACAGCGACUAUUCACCAGUAGAAAAUCAGUAUUCGUCGAAACGCCUACCAGAUGGCUCGAAGAGAGUUAGACUUCCAUAUUUUUGCAGCCCUCAGCCAUGUGAUGAUGGUGAGAAGGGAAAACGGCCCACGAAACGCCACUGUGCAGUGAUUGCUUAUGGAGAGUCUGUAUGAUUAUGUUACUAUCUGUUUGUUGAAUAUUAUGUCAGUCUGAAAACUAUUCAAUUAUUAUUAUUGUUUACUAAUAUUAGUACGUGUAGUUUGUAAACUCAGUAGAGGCGUUAGUGCCUUAAAAACAUGUACUCAUUCAAUAAAUUUAUCCGGUUUGUAGUUAUAGAAGUUGAAUUUCCUAUGAUAUGGUAGAGAUUCAGGUUUGAUUUAUAAAAUUUCCAACUUUAUUAUUCUGGAGACA